AUGAAGUGCCUGAUCGUUCUCGCUGCUCUGAUCGCCAUCGCGGCGUGCGCACCCCAGGGUGACAUCGAGGUCCGCAAGCUGGAUAUCGACCAUGCCGGUCUGGUGGACGGUUCGUACAGCUUCAGCUACGAUCAGUCGGACGAUCACAAGCGCGAAGAGUCGGCGGUGCUGAAGACGGUGAAGAACUUCGACAACGAGGAUGUGCCGGCGCUGGCCAUCACCGGCCAGUACGAGUUCACCGAUCCGGACGGCAAGCGCUACAUCGUCAAGUACACCGCCGACGAGAACGGUUUCAACCCGACCAUCACCGAGGCCUAA